UGUGAAAACAGAGUCAGAGAUUGACGUCAGGAUAAACGAUAACGUUACGUGGAAAACGAUAGAAUAAUGAAUGUGUGAUUAAGGUACUGCUCUGACUGGCCGACAUGAUUUUAUUAAUAUCCACGAGAAAACAAGAAGGAAACCUUUAGAGCUUCAAGACGGCGCUGCUCGAGUGCCAAAAAUAAUCGAACUGGAGGUGAUCUUUGCGGUCGGUUUGUUUCGCAGUAGAUCCUACUAAAUCAAGUUUCUAAUUUACUAUCGUGAGCUUUCGCGAAUUCGUGCUUUUUCUAAAAAGUUCAAGGAACGUAACGUUUCAUCGAAAACGAAUAAUUGCGAAGACAAAGAAACAGGAAGACAGAUACGGCAAUUUUUGUUCAUGCCGACGCCUGCAAAUCGAUGUUCCAUCUUUUAUUUCGUGUUGGCGUUUGUCGUGUGUCUAGCUAAAGACGCGCACAUUGUAGCUAGAUGGGCGGACAAGUUAAGUACCGAGCUAUGGGAACUCGCGAACGAAGUGGCCCGGCCCGAGGAAUUGUUGGAAAAAUACAAAAGUAUGAAUGCGCGAGUUGAAGAUAAGUCCGGAGAAGAUUUGAUCAACGUAAUCAGUGAAAAUAUAGGUAGAAUGCUGCGCCGGAAGAUGGAUGCAGUUACUUGUAUUCGAAUAGCAGCCGAGGAGGCUACGAAGGACCCAUUUCUUGUGGAUGGCAAUUUCUCUUAUGUUUCCAGCAAAUGCAGCCCUGUCAUUGGACAUGAUUCAGCAAAGAAGAAACAUUGCAAAAGGACUACGAAACUGUACAGAGACAUGGAACUGAUCUCAGACUCGCAUUUUUACAAUAUCCCGGUCAACACGAGUUACUCAUCGGUUCAUAUACCGACCAAUGUGUUUGACGGCGAUCCUACGGUAAAGAAAGAUAUUGCGAGGACUGAACCUUUAGACGAUAUGUUUCGUCAGAAUUACGAAUCCGAUCCGGCAUUAUCGUGGCAAUACUUUGGUACAGUUACCGGUAUGCUUCGACAAUAUCCUGCUAUGCAAUGGCGAACAAACGUAGAGGAUAUUGACAAUGAUAGUGACAGUGAUAACAAAGUUGAUGAUGAUAAUAAUGGCGAUAAUGUUACUGCUACUGUUGCUGUUGCUGAUGAUGCUGCUGUUGCUGAUAACGAUGAUAAUGAGGAUGAUGAUGAGGAUGAUGAUGAGGAUGAUGAUGAUGAUGAUGAUGACGACGAUGAUGAUGAUUCUCCUGAUCUGUAUGACUGCAGAGUUCGUAGUUGGUUCAUCGAAGCGACCACAUGCAGCAAAGACAUAGUGAUUCUAAUAGAUGGUAGCGGCAGCAUGAAAGGCAUGGGAAAGACAAUUGCAAAGGCAACAGUGAGUUCGAUUUUGGAUACAUUGUCGAACAACGACUUUGUCACGUUGCUGAAAUUUAGCAAAGAGACAACCGAAUUCGUGCCGUGUUUUAAGAAUAUGCUGAUUCAAGCCACUCCAGAGAAUCUUGAUACAUUCAAGAAAUCCAUGGAUGAAUUCGACACAGAGGAGGUUGCUAAUCUCACAGCAGCUUUCAUUAAGGCAUUUACUCUACUCGAAACCUAUCGAAAGAUACGCGGUUGUGAUGUCGACUCGUCAUGUAAUCAACUCAUUAUGCUCAUUACUGAUGACAUUCCCGGAGGGAAACUAGCGAAUAAUCUGAAGGAGGUAUUCAAGAAAUGGAACUGGAAGGAAAAUAGCACAGUACGCGUAUUUACGUAUCUUAUAGGAAAGGAAGCAUCUAAGAUGGACGAUGUUCAGUGGAUGGUGAGAUCAUGUUUGAAUCGCGGCGGCUGCGAACAUAUACGAACAUUGGGAGAAGUACGGGAGCAGGUGCUCAAGUACAUUCCGGUCGUAGCGCGUCCUCUGGUACUUCAGAGUGUAGUACAUCCUAUCGUGUGGACACACGCUUAUGCCGACAUCACGAAUCCGGCACUUGCCGCUUGGCUAUGGCUGGUGAUGAAGCAUGAAGAACAAAACUUGCGACUACAAAAGUAUCUGAAGGGAAAACAGCUGGGCGUACGAAUAAACGAGGAUGCAAUCUACAUACAGAAGCUGCACGAGAGCGAGAAUAUUGAAGAGGAUGCGUCUAUGCUGAAUACCACCGCCUGGCAAGAAUAUAGGCUGUUGACUUCUGUAAGCACACCUGUGUUUGAUCGCAAGAGCGACAACGCGACAGAUGCGACGAAUGACACGUUGCUCGGCGUGGCCGGCACAGACGUGCCGAUCGACGACAUUCGUAAGCUUACGUUGCCAUACAAGCUCGGCGUGAACGGUUACGCUUUUAUCGUGUCCAACAAUGGUUACGUGAUAUUGCAUCCAGAUCUCCGACCAGUCUACAAAGGCCGGCUUAAAUUAAACUAUAACAGUGUUGACCUCACAGAGGUGGAGAUACUCGACGACGGGCGUGGACCGAGAAACCCAGGUCCCGAAAUACGGAAGUUGAGAGCAGCAUUGGUGGAUCAUAAGCGAGGUAAUAUGACUGAGAUUCCAGUGAAAUUGCAUUACGAUGACAAUCGUCGGAUCAAUCUCGAGAAACGUGAUUAUUUUUAUGCGCCCCUACCUGGAACCCCAUUUAGCCUUGCGGUCGUUAUACCUCAUUACGGAACUACUUGGAUUAAGGUUGGUGAUGAGAUUCGUAGAAAUCAGAACAUGAAUGUGAAUGUGUCGGACUACUUUGUAGGCGAUCAUUGGCGUGUACAUCCGAGCUGGGUAUAUUGUCGUUACCAUUACCUAGAGGGUCAUGAGUUUAACAGUCCGGAAGACGAGUUGCGUCACUUCUUGGCUUUGGUAAGCCGACCUGGCUGGCGCUGGUCUGAGCAAUACGAAGCUUAUCUAUCUAUAGAUGAAAAUGUGAAUGAAGAGCCCAAUUGUGGCAGGCGGACACUUAAGCACAAUGAUUAUUAUUGCAAUAAAGAGCUUAUGCAAUUGCUUAUAUUUGAUGCCAAGGCAACGAAUAAUAGCUUCAGUGGUGACUAUAUUGAAGAUUUGCCUCCAAAAGCUCAAGAGCUAGCAUAUAUCUACGGUAUUUUCGUAAGAUUUGUUGCGACGCAAAGCGGUCUCACCAGGUGGCAUCAUCUAAGAACUAGCAAAUUAUCAAAUGUAGACGACGGCAUUGUCUUCGGUGACCUUCAUAGACGAGCAGUGAACGAGCCUUGGUACAAAGGUGCAAUCUUUCAGAAUGAGCUAGAUUCCAAUAGUAUUUCUUUAUCCGUUCCAUGGGAAGCAGGCGCAGAUGCAAUAGUAACAGUUUCAAUGAGCGUAUCGCCUAAAGACGCUGGCAAGAAAGCGCCGGCGGCCGUAGUAGGUUUUCAGAUGCCAAUGAGAGAUUUUUAUAAACGAUUUAUUGCAUUAACCUCAGUGACGACAGAUCCGAAGAUGAAUUGUGCCCAUAAUUGGAUCGAUUGCUACUUGCUGGAUCAGAAUGGCUAUGUAGUGAUCUCGGAAGCCCAUAAUGAUACUGGGCAAUUCAUGGGCACGCAGGAGGGCGCCGUCAUGUUAUCCAUGGUCAAGCAAGGUCUUUACAAUCCAGUCGAUAUUUAUGAUUAUCAAGCCUGGUGUCAGGAAAUUCGAAUCAGCAACUCUGCCAUUAGCUUGAUGGAACCGCUGCAACACAUUACAAAAUUGUUGCUCUGGUUUUUGCUGCGGUUGAUGUGGUUUACGACCCAAUUUGUAAACUUACCCGGCAUUCACGGCAAAGUCCACUUUGAUGAGGAUGCACCAGAUCCGCCACCACCACCGGAGCCCUAUCUGUAUCACUAUCCCUGCGAUCAAAAGCGAACUCUCUAUAUGUUAAACGAGACCGUCGCUGCUAAAGGUGUCACUAAUCACUCUGACUACUGUUCGCGACCUUUUUACGCUCAGAGGGUGGCACACACUAAUUUAUUGCUAGUUGUGGUAGACAGCAUGUACCCAACAUGCUACAAAAGAUUGGAAAUAACACCCGUCAAUAUCUCACCCCUUGAGUACACAAAUAGCAUGGGCGACAAACCCUGUCAUAAGAUUCUAUUAAACGCCCUGAAGAGACGCAGGUUGAAAAAUUGUUUCACAGAACAUCCUUUGGAGCAUGAGGCAUAUAGUUGUGGAGCAUCCGAACUGAUGGUGUCCUUGUCUGUGUUGUAUAUCAUUGUUGCUAAGAUUCUAUGUAUUUUUGUAUAACGUAAAUUAAUGGUUCUUUAUAUAAUUGUAUUGUUUUACAAAAUUAAAAAUAAAAUAAUUAACAGAUCAAUAAAAUGAUAUGAAUUAAUAAUGUUUUGUCUUAAAUCAUAACUUUACAGACUAAUUAAUAAAAAUAUAAAUAUAAAUAUAAAUUUUUUAUUAUAAGAUAUUAAAUAAUCUUCUCUUAAAAAUUUAUAAAAUGUGAUUUUAAAUAUAUAUUAAUUAGUAGUGGAACUAAUAGUAUAUCCCUUAAUUUACAAUGUUUAAUAUUUAAAUAAGAAAUAAAUAAUUUUUUAAAC